GCCCGUUCCGUCUCGCCGCCUCUUCGACUGUGCUCUUUGGGCUGACGUGUCUGCAGCUCCUGAGUCUCGGCUAGUCAGGUCGUGAUGGCGGACGCCUGGGAAGAGAUUAGGCGGUUGGCAGCCGACUUCCAACGGGCGCAGUUUGCCGAGGCCACGCAGAGGUUGUCAGAGCGGAACUGUAUUGAAAUUGUGAAUAAGCUGAUUGCUCAGAAACAGCUAGAAGUAGUUCACACACUUGAUGGAAAGGAAUAUAUUACUCCAGCCCAGAUUAGUAAGGAAAUGAGAGAUGAGCUACAUGUCCGAGGUGGUCGAGUUAACAUUGUUGAUCUACAACAGGUAAUUAAUGUUGACUUGACUCAUAUUGAAAAUAGAAUUAGUGACAUUGUUAAAUCAGAAAAACAUGUUCAUCUAAUUUUGGGACAACUAAUAGAUGAGAACUAUUUGGAUCAGUUAGCAGAAGAGGUAAAUGAUAAAUUGCAAGAAAGUGGUCAGGUAACCAUAUCAGAAUUGUGCAAAACCUAUGACCUUCCUGGAAACUUUCUAACUCAGGCACUAACUCAGCGACUUGGUAAAAUUAUCAAUGGACAUAUUGAUCUUGAUAAUAGAGGAGUAAUUUUUACUGAAGCUUUUGUAACUCGACACAAAGCACGCAUUCGUGGACUAUUCAGUGCUAUUACCCGGCCUACUGCAGUGAAUUCUUUGAUUUCAAAGUAUGGAUUUCAGGAGCAGCUUCUUUACUCUGUACUUGAGGAACUUGUUAAUUGUGGACGUUUACGAGGCACUGUGGUUGGUGGAAGACAAGAUAAAGCAGUUUUCAUUCCUGACAUCUACUCCAGGACACAGAGUACUUGGGUGGAUUCUUUUUUCAGGCAGAAUGGCUAUCUCGAAUUUGAUGCUUUGUCCCGCCUUGGAAUCCCAGACACUGUAAACUACAUAAAGAAAAGGUAUAAGACUGCACAACUCUUAUUCUUGAAAGCAGCUUGUGUUGGUCAAGGACUUGUGGAUCAAGUGGAAGCGUCAGUAGAGGAAGCCAUCAGCUCUGGAAGUUGGGUUGAUAUUUCACCCCUGCUACCCAGUUCUUUAUCAGUUGAAGAUGCUGCCAUGUUGCUUCAACAGGUGAUGCGAGCAUUCAGCAAACAGGCUUCAGGUGUAGUCUUUAGCAACACAGUUGUGGUCAGUGAAAAAUUUAUAAAUAACUGUGUAAAACUGUUCAGUGAACAGAUGCACCAAAAAGCUGUAAAGGAAAUAAAAAAUAAUCCUGUGCAUUUAAUCAGUGAAGAAGAUCUGAAAGAAGCCUCCUUUUCAGAAAAUUUUAACACAAAUAAAAAGGAUAAAAAAGAUGAACGCAGGAGGAAAGCAACAGAGGGCAGUGGAAGUGUGAGAGGAGGAGGUGGGGGCAAUGCCAGAGAAUACAAAAUUAAAAAAAUCAAGAAGAAAGGAAGAAAGGAGGAUGAUAGUGAUGACGAAUCCCAAUCAUCUCAUGGAAAGAAGAAGCCAGAGAUGACUUUUAUGUUCCAGGAUGAGAUUGAAGAUUUUUUAAGAAAACACAUACAGGAUGCCCCUGAAGAAUUUAUUUCUGAACUUGCCGAAUACUUAAUAAAACCUCUUAAUAAAACCUAUCUCGAGGUGGUACGUUCAGUAUUCAUGUCUUCAGCUUCUGGUUCUGGAACUGGUAGAAAACGCACAAUCAAGGACUUACAAGAAGAAGCUUCAAACCUAUACAAUAAUAUUAGAUUAUUUGAAAAGGGGAUAAAGUUUUUUUCAGAUGAGACACAGGCCGCUCUUACCAAGCACUUGCUGAAGACAGUGUGUACUGACAUCACUAACCUCAUUUUCAACUUCUUAGCUUCAGAUUUAAUGAUGGCAGUAGACUCUCCUGCAACCAUUACAAGUGAAGUAAGAAAAAAAAUUUUAAGUAAGUUGCCAGAAGAAACUAAAGUAGCACUCACAAAACUCCACAACUCUCUGAAUGACAAAAGCAUAGAAGACUUUUUUUCUUGCCUGGAUUCUGCUGCCGAAGCUUGUGAUAUUAUGAUGAAAAAGGGAGACAAAAAGAAGGAAAGGCAGAUACUGUUCCAGCAUCGACAAGCUCUGGUUGAACAACUAAAAGUCACAGAAGACCCUGCUCUUAUUCUGCACCUCACAUCAGUCCUCUUGUUUCAGUUCUCAACCCACAGCAUGCUCCAUGCACCUGGAAGAUGUGUCCCACAGAUCAUUGCUUUUCUUAAUAAUAAAAUUCCAGAGGACCAGCAUACUCUUCUGGUAAAGUAUCAAAGUUUGGUUGUGAAGCAAUUAGUAAACCAAAAGAAGACUGGUCAGGGAGAGGAUUCCUUGAGUGAGGAAUUAGACAAAGAACAACAUGAUGUCACCAAUACCACUCGUAAAGAGCUCCAAGAACUUUCUUCAUCUAUUAAGGACCUUGUGUUCAAAUCCAGGAAAUCAUCUGUGACAGAAGAGUAAUAUCCUUCGGUGGCGUGCCUUGUAAUUCCCGGUACCAAAAAAAAAAAAAA